AUGUUAGCAACUAACGAUAUUUAUCAGAUAAAAGAAAUCGAAUCAUCAGUACAGAUUAUAAAAUUCUCACAAAAGCAUCAAGACAAAUAUAAAGCUCAAGUACAAAAAAAAGAAGAAGAAGAAGAAGAAGAAGAAAGCUCACCGAUGUCAGCGGAUUUACCACCAAUACCACCAAUACCACCAAUAAAGCAAUUGCAUUUUGCUCCUUUACAUCGUACGGUCGAAUUAGAAAAUAUUCAUGAACAAGUUACGCAAAAUGAUUUAAAUAAAAAAGAAGAAAAACAAGUACCGACAGCUCGCAAAACACUUAAGAAAUGUAUGACUGUUAUUGGCGAUGGUAACGAUGUUGAUACGAAUUCAAUGUAUACACAAUGA